AUGAUGAUAAUGGAGCCUCCCAUCGCCGUCCGCUUUCACGCCGGCGCAGCUGCACGCUCCGCCGUCGCGCCACCUCAUAAUAACCGUUCAAUGUGGAGCGCUGAUGACGUGAACGGUGUGCGUAAUGUUGCGUCGUGCCGGCUCGCUUGCAGCUGUGGUUUUUAUCUGCCUCGGGUAAGAAGUAAAAUAUACACAGGCACUCCAUUCACAAGAAGAAACAAAUUUGUAAAGAAUCGAAUUAGGGCAUCAUCAGAGCAUCUGGGAUCAGCCCAGGAUCCUGUAAAGAAAAAUGAGAAGCCAUCCUAUCAUCCAUUUGAAGAACUUGCUGUGUCAACAUCAGAAAAUAGUGAAGAUGCUACACUUACCGCUGCAGAAACAAGUAGAACAAUUGUUGAGGUUAACAGCAGAGCAACACUGAUGUUUUCAAGUUUGAUUAGUGAUGAAUUUCAUGAAAAUAUUCUUUGGCCAGAUUUGCCUUAUUUGACUGAUCAGCAUGGAAAUAUAUACUUUCAAGUGAAGAAUGGUGAAGAUGUUCUGCAGUCCCUAACUUCAGAAAAUAAUUUUGUG